CUCACCAUUUUCAAGAACACCCACAAAAACAAAAUAAAAAAAAAUAAUUCAAGAAUUUAAUUUUUUUUUGGAAAAAAAAUCCAUUCUUUGAUGUAAAGAUUCAAUCUUUUCAAUCUUUUAGUGAACCCCAUUGUUUUAUUUUUCAUUUUUUUGAGCAAAUAUGGCUGGUAAUGAAUGGAUUAAUGGGUAUUUAGAAGCUAUAUUGAGCAGUGGAGCUUCAGCAAUUGAAGAUAAAACACCAUCAUCAACAUCAUCACAUUUGAAUAUAGCAGAGAGGGCUAAUUUUAAUCCUACAAAAUAUUUUGUUGAAGAAGUUGUUACAGGGGUUGAUGAAACUGAUCUUCAUAGGACAUGGAUAAAAGUUGUAGCUACAAGGAACACAAGGGAGAGAAGUUCAAGAUUAGAGAAUAUGUGUUGGCGCAUUUGGCAUCUUGCUCGCAAGAAGAAACAGUUGGAAUGGGAAGACCUCCAGAGGUUAGCAAACAGAAGAUUGGAACGAGAACAAGGACGCAAAGAUGUUACAGAGGACAUGUCAGAAGACUUGUCUGAAGGGGAAAAGGGUGAUGCUUUAGGGGAGACACCAACACUUGACAGCCCGAGGAAAAGGUUUCAGAGGAACUUUUCCAAUUUGGAAGUGUGGUCAGACAGUAACAAGGAAAAGAAGCUUUAUAUCAUCCUAGUUAGUUUGCAUGGAUUGGUCCGAGGUGAAAAUAUGGAGCUUGGUCGUGAUUCUGAUACAGGUGGUCAGAUUAAGUAUGUUGUGGAGCUUGCUAAAGCACUUGCUAAGAUGCCCGGUGUCUAUAGAGUUGAUCUGUUCACUCGCCAAAUUGCGUCAUCUGAAGUGGAUUGGAGCUAUGGUGAACCCACAGAGAUGUUAAACACAGGUCCUGAAGAUGGUGAUGACACUGAUCUUGGAGAAAGCAGUGGAGCUUAUAUCAUAAGGAUACCCUUUGGUCCUCGUGAUAAGUACCUCCGGAAAGAAUUGUUAUGGCCUUAUAUUCAGGAGUUUGUAGAUGGAGCUCUUGCACACAUCAUUAAUAUGUCAAAAGCUUUGGGUGAACAAAUAGGUGGAGGCCAACCUGUUUGGCCAUAUGUGAUCCAUGGUCAUUAUGCAGAUGCAGGGGAUAGUGCUGCUCUCCUUUCAGGCGCUUUAAAUGUUCCGAUGGUCCUAACAGGACAUUCACUUGGUAGAAACAAGCUAGAACAGCUUAUCAAGCAAGCAAGGCAAUCGAAAGAGGAUAUUAAUUCAACAUACAGGAUAAUGAGGAGGAUUGAAGGUGAGGAGCUCUCACUGGAUGCUGCAGAACUCAUUAUCACAAGCACCAAACAGGAGAUUGAUGAACAGUGGGGACUAUAUGAUGGAUUUGAUGUAAAACUUGAAAAAGUUUUAAGAGCUCGUGCAAGACGAGGAGUCAAUUGCCAUGGUCGCUACAUGCCAAGGAUGGCGGUUAUUCCUCCCGGAAUGGACUUUAGUAAUGUUGUGAAUCAGGAGGACACAGCAGAUGCUGAUGGGGAUCUUGCAGCACUCACUAAUGCUGAUGGACAAUCUCCUAAAGCAGUCCCCACCAUAUGGUCUGAGGUCAUGCGCUUUCUAACAAACCCACAUAAGCCAAUGAUUCUGGCAUUGUCCAGACCAGACCCGAAGAAGAAUAUAACCACUCUCGUGAAGGCCUUUGGAGAAUGUCGCCCGCUGAGGGAGCUCGCUAAUCUGACACUUAUAAUGGGAAAUAGAGAUGACAUAGAUGAGAUGUCCGCAGGAAAUGCCAGUGUUCUUACAACUGUGCUGAAGUUGGUUGAUAAGUAUGACCUUUAUGGCCAAGUUGCUUUCCCAAAACAUCACAAACAAAGUGACGUUCCAGAGAUAUACCGUCUCGCUGGCAAAACAAAGGGAGUGUUCAUAAAUCCAGCUUUCAUUGAACCCUUUGGACUGACUCUAAUUGAGGCUUCUGCACAUGGACUUCCUAUGGUGGCUACUAAGAAUGGUGGUCCAGUUGAUAUUCAUCGGGCACUCAACAAUGGAUUGCUUGUGGACCCACAUGAUCAGCAAGCAAUUGCUGAUGCACUACUUAAAUUAGUAUCAGAAAAGAACCUGUGGCACGAGUGUAGGAAGAAUGGUUGGAAGAACAUACACCUCUUCUCGUGGCCCGAACAUUGUCGAACAUAUUUAACUAGAAUUGCUGCAUGUAGAAUGAGACACCCGCAAUGGAAAACUGACAAUCCGUCCGAUGAGCUGGCUGCAGAAGAGUCGUCCCUGAAUGAUUCACUCAAAGACGUGCAAGAUAUGUCCUUGAGACUGUCUGUUGAUGGAGAAAAGACAUCGUUAAAUGAAUCAUUUGAUGCAUCUGCAACUGCUGAUGCCGUACAAGACCAAGUUAAUCGGGUUUUAAGCAAAAUGAAGAGACCAGAGACGGGUAAACAGGAAUCUGAGGGUGAUAAAAAGGACAAUGUUCCUAGCAAAUAUCCCAUGUUGCGUAGGCGACUUAAAUUAAUUGUAAUUGCUCUAGAUUGCUAUGAAACAAAUGGAGCUCCUCAAAAGAAAAUGAUUCAGAUUAUCCAGGAGAUUCUUAAGACCAUUAGGUCAGAUUCACAGAUUGCAAGAGUAUCAGGAUUUGCCAUCUCAACAGCGAUGUCAAUGUCCGAAUUGACAGCAUUUCUAAAAUCCGGGAACAUCAAACUAAUUGAGUUUGAUGCUUUAAUCUGUAGCAGUGGGAGUGAAGUGUUUUAUCCAGGAACUUCUACCGAAGAACAUGGCAAGCUUUAUCCUGACCCUGACUAUUCAUCACAUAUUGAAUAUCGAUGGGGUGGCGAUGGCUUAAGGAAAACAAUUUGGAAAUUAAUGAAUACACAAGAAGGUAAACAGGAGAAAUCUGUAACUAGUGCUAUUGAGGAAGAUGUGAAAUCAAGCAAUUCCCAUUGCAUUUCCUACUUGAUCAAGGAUCGCAGUAAGGCAAAGAAGGUAGAUGAUAUGAGACAGAAGCUUAGGAUGAGGGGUCUUCGCUGCCAUUUGAUGUACUGCAGGAAUUCAACAAGAAUGCAAGUUGUUCCUCUGCUUGCAUCUCGGUCACAAGCACUCAGGUAUCUUUUUGUACGCUGGAGAUUGAACGUUGCAAACAUGUGUGUCAUCCUCGGUGAAACUGGAGACACGGAUUAUGAAGAACUUAUAUCCGGAACUCACAGAACAUUGAUCUUGAAAGGUUCUGUCGAGGAAGGUUCAGAAAAUCUGCUAAGAACAUCAGGAAGCUACCUACGAGAAGACGUCGUUCCACCAGACAGCCCCCUGAUCACCUACGCCGGUGGGAACGAAACAGUUGAAGAGUUUGCCAAUGCAUUGAGGCACGUGUCUAGAUGAGGCACAUAAAAAUGGUAUACUUAUACUAUUCCUCACAGAAGGAAUUAUAACAUACUAUAUACAACAGCCUUUUUUUCCUUUUCUUUUCCAUUUUUUGAGCUUUAAUCUUUGGCAAGUGUAAGGAAUGCAAUAAUGUGCAUGUCAAGCAUUUUUUGAUUACCAAUCCCAUUCUCUCUUAUGUUAUUUGAACAUAGACGGAUUCAUGAUUUAAAUUUGAUGUGUUCAAUCUUUAAAGUUCUUUGUAUUGAA